GAAACAGCGCGCUGAACUUUGAACUGAGGCUAUUUUGUAACAAUGUUUGACUUGAAAAAGAGAAAUAGUUUGACUCUGAACUGCAGUCGCGAGACGGAGGAGUUCAGACGGGUGGCAGUCAGACGGAAGGUCAAAGGUGCUGCUGUGGACUGCGUCGCCUCACACACAGUUGUGGGCGGCGGCGUGUGUGGCUCAUACAGCUGUGGGGGUGCUUGUGACAGAGUCUUUGGAUCGGAGGAAAAGUCUGAUCCUGGUGCAGAGGAAGACAACGAAAGAAGCCCAGCUAAAGGAUCACCUCUCAAACCACAAGUGCCUCCUAAACCAGCUCACCUCCAGAGUCCUCUGAGGGCAGGACAAGCUCAAGCCCACAGUCCCACUGCAGGGAAGUUAUUACCUCAACAAAAUAACAGCACAGAGCAGAGUCCCGGUAGAGGUUGUGGAGUUUCUGUUUUUUGUGUGAGCCCAGCAAAGAAUUGUCGAGGCUCCCCGACUCUCGUCAAAGGAGGAGGGAGCAGUUUUUUGAAUGGAGUGUGUAAAGCGCACAGCCCUGCCAGAAACACUCAGGGCAUUCCACAUCGUACAAGCAGUCCACUUUUAGGAUCUCCAAGUCCAGGCAAGAGAGGCAUUCAGAGCUGCAGCCCACUGAGGGAAGGAGGUCACAGCCCUGCUAAGUUGUCCCCAAGGAGACACAGCCCUCUCUCAGGAUUUCUGCGGACCCCCAGCCCCGUGCAGGGCAAGAUGGGGAGCUACAGCCCCGCCAAGAACUCUAAAUCCUGGCUCGGACUGAACAGAAUCCCGAGCGGCAAGACGGAAGAAGAGAGGAGAGUGGGAAAAUCUUUAAGCGUGCCAGAUUUGAUUGUUUACCUGGAUGAGAGCAGGAUUCCCACCGAAAAAGCUGAACGCUCUCCACUGCAACUGCUGCAUUCUCCCAACUGUGAUGGGCCAGUCAUAACAGUCAAAGCACCAGUCAACCAUAAACUCAAUCAUGCCUCAAGUGAAGCCAAUCUGUCAAGCAGUAGGAAGGAGCACUCUCCAGGACAAAUGAACGGCAUAAUACUGGGGAAAGCUUUCACUGUAGUGAAUGGGAAGGUAAUGCGUGACAAAAUGGAAGAGGGCAAGAUGUCUGUAGGAUACGGCUCCAGGUCUUCCUGCAAGUGGAAUCAAGCAACUACAGAGGAUGGCAGGAUUCACAAGGAGUCUCAAGGUGAACUAAGUGAUGAGGAGAUGAGGAAGGAGAGAGAAGGAGGCGAGCCAAAAGAGGAAGAGAGCACAGAGCAGAAAUUGUACAACAUAGCCAACGAGCUGCUGCAGACAGAGAGGGCCUACGUGGCUCGUCUCCACCUGCUAGACCAGGUGUUCUGCUUACGUCUAACAGAGGAGGCAGGUCGAGGCUCGUUUCCUCCUGAUGUGAUACGAAAUAUAUUCUCCAACAUUUCCUCUAUCUACUCCUUCCACAACCAGUUCCUGCUUCCUGACCUGGAAAACUGCAUCAGCCGCUGGUGUGAGAGUCCAGGCCUGGGUACUGUUUUGGUGAAGCACGCACCCUUCCUGAGGAUGUAUGCCGACUACGUCAGAAACUUUGACCAGGCCAUGGAGCUGGUGAGGACCUGGACUGAACGCUCCUCUGUCUUCAGAAACAUCAUUCAGGACAUACAGAGUCAGGAGGUGUGUGGCAGUUUGACCCUGCAGCACCACAUGUUGGAACCAGUCCAGAGGGUCCCACGGUAUGAGAUGCUGCUCAGGGAUUACCUGAGGAAACUGCCCAAGGAUAACCCAGAUUAUGAUCUUGCUCACAAAUCCUUGCAAACAAUUUCCAUGGCAGCCACCCACUCAAACAGCGCCAUCCAUAAAGCUGAGAGCCUGAAGCGUCUGCUGGAGAUCUACGAGAUGGUUGGCGAGGAGGAGGUGGUCAACCCGACCAACGAGUUCCUCAGGGAAGGUCGUCUGCUCAAGCUUGCUGCCAGGAACACAUCAGCCAUGGAGAGGCACUUAUUCCUGUUCAACAACUUUCUGCUGUGCUGCACUCCAAAGUUCAGCCUGGUUGGGCAGCGCUUUACCGUCCGCUGCAGGAUCGGAGUGGAUGGCAUGCAGGUGCAGCAGACCAACAAUGAAGACCACCCAUACACCUUUCAGGUCUCUGGAAAGGAGCGGACCCUUGAGCUGCAGGCCAGUUCUGAACAAGACAGAGAUGAGUGGAUAAAGGUUAUCCAGGAAGCCAUUGACGUGUUUCAGAAGAAAAAUGAAACCUUCAAAUUGGCUUCCAAGGAGAUAAAUGUAGAAGAACCAACUGAGGAACUCGGACGACGCGCCCCCCGCUGGAUCAGAGACAACGAGGUGACCGUGUGUAUGAAAUGCCAGGAACCUUUCAACGCACUCACCAGGAGGAGACAUCACUGCAGAGCCUGUGGCUGCGUGGUGUGCUGGAAGUGCUCAGACAAUAAAGUGGCUUUGGAGUAUGACGGUAACAAGCUGAACAAAGUGUGUAAAGCCUGCUACUCCAUCCUGACCAGUCAGAGAGGGGAGAGGGUGGAGGGGAAGAAGAGAAAGAUACUGGAGUCCGAGGUAUCGCCGCGGUCCAGUGACUGUAUAAUAAGUGGCUUCCUGCUGUAUGGUGACAACCCCAAGACCUGGCAACAGGUGUGGUCUGUUAUCACCCAAACUGAGCCGCUGCUCCUCCGUCUAUAUUCUGCUCCACAGGAUGUGAAGCCCCUAUCCAGUAUACCACUCCUGGGCUGCAGUUUCGAGGAUUCCCCUCAGGAGCUCCAGGGUCAGCCUUGUUUCAGUUUAAGCCAAAACAAAACCACCCACACGUUCACUUGUGACGGCGUGGACCUUAAACAGAGCUGGCUGACUGCUCUCAAAGUUGCUGUAACUGGUGGCUAUGACAUCACCACCAGUGGCUCCAGAUGUGGUGUCAAUGGUAGUGUGGAAGAUGGUGAGGAAUUUAUCAUCAUCGGUGAUGAGGAAAACCACUCCUGAAUGUUUGAGAUCAGGUACUAUGAAAAGUACUCAUACAAGCAUGUACACAAACAUACAACAAACAACAGACAAUAUCCCAUUGAUGUUGAAAACCGAACAUUUAAUAGAAUGAAUGAAAUCUAGAGGUAAAAUUCAGGAAUGUAAAGGUUGUUAAUAUCAAUAUUCAGACUGAGAACUGUGUUUUCCUUACAAGUGGCAAUGUACUUUAUUUCUGAAAUGGUUUACAGUGAAAUAAAUAAAGUAAAGGUGUUUUAACAUAAGUCAGACUACCCCUUUAACUACAAACAUGGUUGCUUCAGCUCUGUACAUGUGGUCUAAAAGGUGCCAUGCGAUGUGCACCAGGUUGCUUUCUUACAGCGGACAGCUGAACACGUAAUUGCAUGAGGGUACCAGUGAUACACAGAGGCUCUGUGGGAUCAUAAUUGCCUUAUAAAACACAUUCAACUGAUCCCAUUUCUUCACAGAUACAGCAAUUGAAUAUUUACACUCAAAACAAGUAACAGCUAAACAAACUCUAAUAAACAUAAUUAAUGAAAAGAAAUAAUGGAUAAAAAUGACAAAAAUGACUUAAAUUGUUGCAGGAGUACCUACAUCAUAUCUUGUAUGUGCCAGGCAUGAAGCCCAUGGAGUAAAAAAAGCACCAUGUUAGCUUGUGUUUGGUAUGUUUCAAUCAGAAAGAAGAAACAUCCUUUUCAGUAGCAAAUAAACAAUACGAUGGACUUUAAGUGAUGUUAAUUUAGUUAGUUAUUUCAAUCUUUCUCAGAGUGUGUUUCUAUGUAGCAGUAAUGUAGUGAUGGUUCCUAAAGGAGAUUACCCGAAAACAUUGACCUUGCACACAAACUGCUUAAGUAAACCUGAUCUAUGGAGGUAUGCUGCCUGAAAUCCUAAACGUUUCAUCAAAGGGAAUAUUGUUUAAAGCUGCAUUAAUCAGUCUUUUUUAAAUCUGUUUUUUUACAGACUCAAACUUGCAGAUAAUUAUUGCUAAUUUCUGUAGCUGUAUAGCGCUUUUCUAACUAGUUAUGGAUGUAUUAGUUUAGCUCUUAGGAUGCAGACUGUGGGUCAUGAAAUCUGUUAUUGGCUGACUAUGUCAGACAGUAGAAAGUGUCCUGUGUGUUAGUUUUCAAAAUCUCCGUCCUACUUGAAACUUGUCUCCGAGCUAGCAACCUACAUGGUACAAUGUCUUCUUUGCCGUUUAGUCCAGAUUUGUGACGGGUUCAGCCAGAUCUUUCUCCAGUGCUGGCACAGCACAAGAAAGGUUUGGCCCUGCAAGAGUGGUUUUAUGGAACAACAUAUUCCAGCAUCUGCAGACUGUUUCUGGCAUUUUGGUAAACCGACUCUAUCUACAAAGUUAGCAGAUAGCUGGUGGGGGUGACUGAUGUAGAACUAAAGAAACAUACAAAAUAAAAAAAAGUGAAUGCUAAUGUUUCUUUUUGUUGCAGGUUGUGUAAUUUGGUCAU